UUUCUUGAUGUCUUGCUAGUAUUGCUAGCACAGAAGCUAAAUAACAGCUCCUAGAAAGAAACUUAGUGAUAUAAGUUACGACAUGGUUUGUUUUUAAACCAUUUCUAAUCAUCGCGACUCUGGUUCUUGCUUUUAGUCGCGAGCUUUAACAGUACGGAGUCCAAUGCAGUCGGCUGUGGAGACGGUGGAGAACGCCUCCAUCCUUUCGAGCGGCUCGGCGCAGGAAGGCCACCGCCUGUGGAUCGGCAACAUCGACCCCAAAAUCACAGAAUAUCAUCUGGUGAAGCUCCUGGAGAAAUUCGGAAAAGUGAAGCAGUUUGAUUUCCUGUUCCACAAGUCCGGACCGCUGGAGGGUCAGCCGAGAGGAUACUGCUUCGUCAACUUCCACACUAAAGAGGAGGCUGAACGGGCCAUCCAGUGUCUCAAUGGAAAGCUGGCGUUGUCCAAGAAACUGGUGGUGCGUUGGGCCCACGCACAGAGAUUUGAACCCUACAGAGGAGAUAAGAACCUGCCUGCCAGCUUGGAGCCGUCGUGCAGCGAGGCAGAAGAGCAGCCGACCUCUCUGAGUGUGAGUGCGAAGAUUAAAGCGAUCGAAGCCAAGCUGCAGAUGAUGGAGGAGAACGUGGAUGAGGAAUACUCGGGUCCGUCUCCGUACCUCUACAACAAACCGCCCGAGAAGAAGGACAAGAGAUCUCAGCCUUAUAACAAACAGUUCCGCAGGUUCAGGAGAUGACCUCCUCUCAUCCUGCCCGGCACGCGCACACACACACACACACACACACACACACACUCUCUCGGACACUCACACACACGCACUCACUCACACAUACAUGCACUCUCACGUACAUACACUCACACACACCCGUAUACACACACACACACUCUGUCUCUCGCACUCUCACACAUGCACUGUCGCAGACUCUCACACACACGCACUCACUCACUCUCACGUACAUGCACUCACACUCACACACACUCGUAUACACACACCCACACACACACACACACACACACACACACACACACACUCUCUCUCUUUCGCACUCUCACAAGCGCACUCUCACAGACUCUCACACACACGCACUCAGUCACUCCCACAUGCACUCACACACACACACACACACGCACUUGCACACUCACAUGUACACACACACACACGCACACUGAGGACUUCUGUUAUAAAGAUAAAUAAAAACACACAUUCUCUAGCCGCUGUACUGUCAGGAGCGGAGCGGGAGGAGAAAGACGUGUGUGUGGAACACUGCUCUCUUUUCCAGUGAUUUUUUUUUUUAAUAAAUAUUAUAAGGUUUUGUACAUUUUGUAACUUUUCAGUUUUCAACAAUUCCUUUCUUCCACUCUAACUGAGACAUUUAUUUGUGCUUGAAACAUCUUCUGUGCUCGGUUAUAAACUCGGUCGUAAUCCCGCGUUGUCUGCGUUGUGUUGUUUUGUUUUGUGUUUUGAGAUGGCAGAGUGAUCAUGACUGUAAAUCUGCAAGCACAGAGCACACAACUGGACCUCAGCUCCAGGACUCCAGCUUUCAGUUCUCUUCCUUCCCAGCUUUCCUCAGAGAAAUCUGAUCAUGUGACCUGCGGCGAGGAGCGACGUGACGUGACGUGAUGUUCGGAUCGCUGUUGCAUUUUAUACCUGUUACAACAAUAAACAACACGAGCUUCAGUUGAGCUUGAGCUAUAGCUGUGCUUUCGUUAUUUAUUAAUAUCAAGAAAAACUUUGAAGUAAUGAUUAGGUUUAUGUUUUAACCCUGAAAUAGAAAUGGAAAUGAUCAUCUUUUCACUUCUCGGGCAGAGACAUUAGCCAUCUGACAGUUUUAUUAACGUCAGCCUAAACCUUUAAAACCUUUAAUUUAAUAGAAUGUGUUAAUUAUUAUCUCCAAAUGUUAAAAUAAUGAUUAGUUUUGGUUUUUUUUUGCCCCGAAAUAAAAAUAAAAAUGGUCUUUUCACUAAUUUCAGACAAAUAAUGGCAGUUUUUUGUCAACCCCAAAAAUAUAUAAAUAUCUAAAAAUAUUAAAAAUGUUAUAUAUAUAUAUAUAUAUAUGUAUAUAUGUAUAUAAAAACUUUACAACAUGAUGUUUUAUCCAUUUGUGUAUGUGUUAUUACGUCAUAAAUCUCAAAGCCUUUUUUAUGCAAAUCUGGUCCAUGUAUAUGCAACAUGCCUUUCCUGAAUGAGGGGUGUGGUCAGGGGGUGUUCCUAAUUUGCAUAUUCAAAUAAUCUGUAGUUGUUUUUUUUAGGUUGUAGGUGCUUCUGUGCUUAAAUAAUGCAUUUGUAAAUAUAUUUUUUUUGGUGAGAUGUCAAGCAAGACACGUAUGAGUCAAUAAAAUAAUGUUAAAAGCUU